CCUCCCUCUCCUCUUCGCUCUCUUCAUCUUCAUCCUCCUCCUCCUCCUCCUCCUCCUCCUCCCUCUUCUCCUCCUACUGAUGUGCAUAUGCAAACAUCUUCCAAAUCCUGUCGUGUUUGUCAGUCAAAUGAAGGAGAGGAAGAGAAGGAAGAGGUGGAGGAGGAGGUGAAUCAGGAAACAGUCGAUGAAGGUGAAGACUGAGUAUCAGGUAAAGACUCAGACUCAGUGCUGAUCCUGGUUCCACCAUGAGUCCUCUGCUGCUCCUGUUGCUGCUGCUGGCUGCAGUCUACUCAGAAUUCACUCCACCAGAAAACAGCACUGGUCUGAAAUUCACUGUUGCUUUUCCGGAGAACAUCGCCCACUAUCAUCCUGUUCGGCCCCAAAACAAGGUCCAGAUCACUGCCCUGUAUGACGACACUGAGGUCAACAUCAAAUCGUCUACCUACAGUUCCACAAACCCGAUACUGAACGAAGGAGAGUCUAAGGAGUACAUAUCUGAUACAAGACUGGAGCUCUGGAAGACAGGAGUCUCUGACCAUAGUGUCCAAAUUAUCAGCAACAAGCAGAUCACCGUCCAUGCCAUCCAUCUUAAACACAACAGUGUGCAGACUGCUCUGGUUUUACCCACUAACAAACUGGGCACAGAGUACCUCAUCCCGCCGGUACCCAAGAUCCAAGGAACCACUCUCCCUGCGGACAUAGUCACACCAGAUGUACCUGAACGAGGUCCAUUCAAACUCAUUAUCAUCAACGGGGACAAAGAAAACAAGGUAACUGUUGAAGGUAUCGAGACCGAAGAAGUUUCUCUUAAGCCCAACCAGAUCUGGGUAAAAGAAGAUAAGGCAUUGCGAACUGUCAAAGCCAACGAGCCGGUGGCAGUCCUCUUCGGUCACACUUGCGCCAUCCAGCACAACUGCACUUGUGGGCAGCUGUACGCCAUGCUGCCGCCAGCCACAGAAGAGAAGCUGAAGUUCUACAUCCCUCCUAUUCUGGCCAAGAAUAUUGAAGGUGAAUCAUUUGUACUUCUGUCAGACAAACAAUCCACCAAAGUAAAGCCCUUCGACCCGGACUCUCCGCUGGUCGAGAUCGCUGGCACAGCCAUCUUCUAUCGUCCGGGCUUACUCCUCACUCUGAUCCCAGAGACGGACUUCGCCGCGUGUUACGUCGUCAACUCCAUCCCAGACACGGAGAGCUCCGCCUUGAUCGUGGUCCACCAGGAUCUCACUGAUGGUGUUCAUGUUGGAAGUGUUCCUUUGGAGAAUCCAGAUUGGCAGAAGCUGAAAGGGACAGAGUAUGUCUCAACACUCGUUGGACUGGCGUCGGACAAGAGCGUCAUCUGGCACGGUUCCUCCAAAAUGGCCGUCUACUUUGUGGGAACAAAGGGAAGUGCUUCAUUUGGGAACCCGGCGGCCAUCAUCAGUAAAAGCCCAGAUUUCAGGGGUUGCGUCUUGUCUCCAGAGGUCAUAAAAAUCGGAGAAGUUGCAAACGGCUGGCGAGAAUCCCUGAAGUACUGCAAAGAUCAGACCAUGGAGCUGAUCAGCUUCCCCGAGGCCCAACUCCAGAGACAAGUCUCCAAAAAAAUCUUCCAGGCCAACGAUGACAGCCUGAAGGAGGUGUGGAUCGGCAUGCGUCGGAGCUCCCAGUCUGGGGAGUGGUACUGGCUCAACACGGCUCCGGUCAAUGACACCAACUGGGAGGACGGGGAGCCCGGCACGGUGCACGAUGGCCAGUGUGCCAUCAUGAGUCUGGAAAAGGACAAGGACUUUGGCUGGAGCGACGAGGACUGCUGUAAGGCCGCCCGUCCCGUCUGCUACACCAAGCCCAUCUUCCUUCCCAUUUAGUGGGACGAUCCAGCAGGGUGACGCAACGGGAAGGGAAACACGCAACCGUAUCCAUAACCAUAAUGUAGUAGCCAUGCCCUAAUAUUAUUUAUGUUAUUAAAAUCACUGGUUAAAAGUUAUUUAAAUAAUAUUAUAGGUUUAGAUUAAAUCUGAACUGGGAUUUGCCCAGAGGAACGACAAAUUAUUUAAGAAACGUUCAGAAACGUUUGGUCCGUUCCACGCCUUUAGGAAGUUUUGUUAGUAAUUAGGUUUGAUGAGUUUUUGUGAAAAUGUAACACCAGGUUCAAGGUCUCGGUGGGAGUGUGGGGGUUAUAGAGAGCUCCAGGGAUGACAUUUGUAGUCCACCAGGAAGUGAUCAUCUGUAUAUGAGUAUGGGUAUACACAGCGAGACUGUAAAGGAGGACGAGUCAGCAUGAUGACUUUUAGUUGUCUCAUUUAGACACUUGUUAGCAACCGACUUUUUAAAAUUCACCAGAGGGAUAUUUACUGACGUAUUUUAUAUCGUAGAACAAAAUGUUAAAAUCUCUUCAGCUUGUGUUUACCACAGACCUUACUUCAGACAUCUAACUAAAAACACAUUGACUUACAGUGAAUUGAUUCUCAAAAAUACAGAACAAAGUGCGUCCCCUAUCAGUCCAAUCAGUACACGUCUUUUAGUUUCCAAUAACGGGAUGAUUAUUUAUGUUACGGGACGGUUGGAAACCCUGAACUCACCAGCUGGCUUAUUUUUAACAGAAUGUUUUCUGUCUUUGUUUUGUAGCUUUACUAUACAUUACUAUACAUAUGGUGUAAUAAUAUUUAAUAUGGUGAAAUAAAUGUCAGAUUCUGACUGAAUAUGAACAUACUGCUUUAGCUUCGUAUUGGUUGAUGUAGUAGAUUAUUAAACACAGAGUCUGUGAUCUGAUUGGUUAAAGGACAUUAUAUCCAUCACUUGUGUGUCUUAAUAAAUUUAAUCUAAUCUCUGAUGAUA